GGCGGCUCGGCCCGCGCAGAGAUGCUGCGGGGAGCUGGCGGCUGCAGCCCCUUUGUGACUCCAGUUGGUUUGCGUCUCCAGCUCGGGGAAGGCUCCCUCCGGUUUCUGCUUCACCUCGUUUGCAGCUUCAGGAAGUCUGAGCUAAAAAAAAAAAAAAGGAAAGAGACAGAAGUAUAAUUGCUCUGGCACGCCUGCAUUCCUACUUCAGUCUCAGACGGGAAGGCACUCUUUCUUGUCGGAGCCAGGAAGAGGAUCUGAUCCGUGAAGAUUAUCGCCACGAACGUGUGUAAGUGAAACCUGCAGCCAUGCUGAAACAGAUAUUAUCAGACAUGUACAUCGAUCCGGAGCUGCUGGCAGAACUUAGCGAGGAGCAGAAGCAGAUCCUCUUCUUCAAGAUGAGGCAGGAACAGAUCAGACGGUGGGAGGAAAGAGAAGCUGCUGCAGAAAAGAUUUCAGCAAAGAAGCCACUGCCAAGAAAAGCCAACAGGAAGUCAGUGACAUGGAAACUCGGCGCUGACAAUGAAGUGUGGGUCUGGGUGAUGGGCGAGCAUCCUUCAGAUAAGUCCUAUGCAGCCAUCUGUGAAGAGAUCCAGGCACAAAGAGCAAAGUGCUUAGCGAGAGAGCAAGGCCAGGAGGGCAGACAGACUGACUCUUCUGCAACAUGGUCUCUACACCCACAGCCAGGACUUCUGACUGAGACAGAUCUUCACGGGAAUAAAAAAAACACUGCGGAGAAAAAGGAGGAACAUGGGAAAAGAAUGACUGAUAUUGAUACAACAGGAAAAAGCCAGGAGCUCACAAAGAGGGGAACCAGAAGUGUUCAACAGAUGCUGGUGGAUUGCCAUGUGAGGAAGCAUAGUUUCCAACAGAUGAAGGAAGCACAGAGGAAAAAUUCAGAAGAGAUCACAGCCCCCCAGAAGCCAAUACCACAGAGCCACUCCAGCACAGAGAGCCAGAGAAUGCUGCAGAAAUCGGAUGAGAAUGAGCCUGAAUGGCAGGAAUUCUUGCGGAAAUCCAAGGCAGCAGAUGAGAAGAGACGCUCUCUUGCACGGCAAGCCAGAGAUGACUACAGGAGGCUUUCACUGCAGGGCAUCCACAGAGGGAAGCAGGCAGAUAUUUCCAAGGGUGGCACAGCAGGAGAUCGACGACCGCUUCAAUAUCCACCCCUCCCCCCCAAGCCUAAACUUCUACCUCCUGCAAUGGCAAAUGGGAGAGCAAUUAGGAAAGAGGGAGUCCAGAGGACAACCUCCAAUUCCACAGAAGAAAGCAUCAUCAAGUGGUUCAAAGAGGAGCAAUUCCCUCUCCGAGCUGGCUAUCUGAAAACCACAGACACAAUAGCACCUUGGUUCCAUGGUAUCCUAACCUCUAAGAAAGCAGAAGAGCUUCUGAAUAAAACACUACCAGGGAGUUUUCUGAUCCGGGUCAGUGAGAAAAUCAAAGGCUAUGUGCUCUCCUAUCGGUCUGUGGAAGGAUGUAAACAUUUCCUCAUUGAUGCCUCCAGUGAUUCCUACAGCUUCCUUGGAGUGGACCAGCUGCAACAUUCAACACUGGCUGACCUUGUAGACUACCACAAGGAGGAACCCAUCACUUCCUUGGGGAAGGAGCUGUUGCUUUACCCAUGUGGCCAAGAGGACCAAGAGCCAGAUUACAUCUCUCUCUUUGAGUAAACUUCCCCAUCUUGUUGGGCAGCCCCAGACUUGUAUUCACAAAGAACUUGGAACUGGACUUGGAACUAGAGCUGCUGAUACUUACCUGAAACCAUAAGUGCCUCUAUUUUGUAUCCUUCACAACAAAGUAGUAGGAGGAUAAGUACUGCUGUGAGCUACAGGAUGCCUCAGCCCAGCAAGCUGCAAAGCACCUGGAUACAUCCCCCAAGAUGGAGAGAAUGAGUUGAUGAAGUAAUCAGUUGAUCAGGGAGAUACUGCUGUGGAUUUUCAGUGGGUUUUUGUAGGUUUCUUGGGGGACUUCUGUAUUCAAGCUGUCUUUUGUUCUUGAAUGCAAGGUUCUUUGGGAAAUAGAUUAGCGCCUACAGUUGAAUGAGAUUAUGCCUUCCUGAAGGCACAAAACAACUUGGAGAGGUGACUUGAUCUUGAUAUGUCAUUUGCAUAAUGUGAAGUUUAAUUCUAUAAAAUGCUGUGUCCUUGGAAGGAAGGAUGUUCAGCCAAACAUCCAAGCAAACCCUGAGUGCCUUUCAGUGAAAGGUCCUCUCUGUGACAAGAGAUAUGCACACAUGAAGAGUGCAUUUUUAAACUGCUCUAGCCUCUGAAUAUAGAUCCUUACUCUUUUAACCUGUAUUUAACUCCCACACAGGCCUUUCUGCAUUGAGAGGGAUUAUCCUUUUUGAAAAGGAAAGAAGAUGGGACAGAGUCAUUUGUAUGAAUGACAAUCACAUGUACAGAGCCUAAAAAUGUAAGAAGGAACACCUAUAUCAGUAUUAAUACAGUUUACAGAAGAGUUUUUGCAAGUAAAGAAUGCUAUUUUCCAAAAUGGAGCUAUUUAGCUAUUUAUUGCAAGUUGUGUCCCAAUUACUGAGAUGCAUCUGGUGUAAACUUCAUUAUAGAACUUGUUCUUUCAGCAAAAUGUUCUCUUUUCUUAUUUGUUACAAUGCUCUUUAAAUACAUCAUUCAGAAGAUUGGGGGAGAGCUUGGACAGAAUCACAUAACAAAUUAGUCUUCAUCCAGGUUCCCUAAUGUUGUUGCAUGUGACAAACUCUGCAGCUGAGGGGUCUGAAUCUGCAAACAUAAUUUUUUAGAGGCACAUUAGUCCUCAAAUUGUGAAUAAGAUUUGGUCUUGUUUCAGUUGUUUACCUCUUUUUACCUGUUCUCUUUUUUCUGUUAGAUCAGGGCUACUCAAUUUGAAGAAGCAGUCAAAACUUUCAGUCUUACAUUAAUCUGGGUUUUGUGGAAUACAGAUUUAAAGAAAUUGUGAUCAUCUGGUCCUAAAAUUUACAGCUUUGCUGACAGGCAGUUUCCAUUCCAAGAAAGAGGGGAUAACCACACUCCAGUUACAGUAAGUGUCUAGAAAUAAAACCUUGCUAGAAAUCAAGCCUUAAUGUAAACUGAGAUUCUGAAUGUAAAGACACUCUGCCACUGCAAAUGACUAAAUGAGCUUCUUGAGCAAUAUAUCACAUGUAUCAAAGAGAUAAUUUCAAUAUAAUCUGCAUCAAUCAUAAGAAAGGGUGAGAUUAUUUGUAGAGGGGGAAACAUCCCUCCUUUCCUCUAUAUGGACUGUUUCUUUAAAAAAAUUGGUCAAAAUGAAAGGUCCUUCAGAAAAACAUCUGUUUUCAUGUGAAGAAUGUACAUAACUGAUAUAUUGCUGGAGACAAAUUGUGAAGUGUUUUUCAGACCUAUGGGCUGGUAAAGAGAGAGGAAAAAUAUGCUCUAAUAAGGCAUUUUGAGACACAGGGUGUUAACUUGCAAAAUAAGAUGCAGGCCAAUCUGUCAUGGACAUAGCAGGACAUAAUCAGUUUUAGCUCUAAGAUCUUUAGUAAAACUCCUCAGGGUCUGACCUGCUGACAAGUGAACCAGUAGAUUCACUGCCUUUAUAUUAAACUACUUAUUUGCAAAUAUUGUCUCAGUACAGCCCAGGGAAAACCACUAUCCAUGUUCACAUCAUCCUACAUGUUUGAGUCAUGCCUCAGUUUUUCAAAGACCCACUUUUCUGCUGUGAGGCAAGAAAUAUGAACAUUUAGAUGACUGGACUGACUGCAAAGGCAACUACCUUGCUAGAACAGAUCCCCUUAAGACUGGCUCUUCUAUUGCUCCAAAAUCCAGUUGCCCUGAAAGUCUGUGGAGCAAGGAUGUCUUGCAGCAGUUGAGAAUCAAGGGUGAUGACAUACCUUUGGGAGUUUCUCUGUAGAAUCUUUCCUUCUUCAAGGGAUGCUGUGCAAGGAUUACAAGAGGAGUCAAUUUGCAAAUUGCUUGCUGGAGAGAUCAUGAAUCCUGGAGGAGCAUGGCAAUUUGUUUUGCUCGAUGCCUUUAGCCAGAGUAUGCUGCAGUCAUCAAAAAGUGAAGCAAGGAUAGCCUCCCCACCUGCACAGGGCCAUCUCCAGUCCCUCCUCAACCAAGAUAAAAUCAGUUGUCGUUCUGAGAGAGAUCACAAGCUGGUUUGGGGACAAGGAAGGUAGACACCUUCAUAACAAAAUCUGUUUUUCUGUUGGCUGCUCUCUUUGGGUUUCACCUUUUUCUAACUGGGUGGGAAGACCUGUUAGAGCUCCACUAAAAUGUUAUGUUUCUGGGCUGUUUCUAAUUUUGUUUCUGGGCUGACAGAAACAUAAGUAACAGCAGCUUCCCUUUCUCAUGCUGUUCUUCACCUCUCCUGUCAGUGCAGUCUCCACCUCUAAGAGAGCCCUGACAGAUCUCUGCUGUGAUUAGAUUGCCCUGCACAUCACUGAUGUGGCCAGUGACUGUGGGCUCUUCAUCACUGAUACCAUCUCAGCUCUUGCCAAACUGGCUUCUGCAGCCAAGGUACAGAAACUGCAUAUACAGCAUUAUUCCUGGCAAGAGGAACAGCAUCUCUGUGGAAAAAGACAUACGUGAAAAUCACAAAGGUGCUUUUUAAAAGCAUAAGUUGCUAAACUCUGACAGGAUCUGGAAGUUGUGCUUGCAAAGUAAUGAAGUGCCGAAUUUACAACUGCCCAGUGCUUAGAACUGGAGACUAAUAGAGGCUUGAAGGAACCUCUGGAGAUCAUCUGGUCUAGUUCUGCUCUACAAAUCUGGCUCAGGGAAGACCGAAUAAAACAAUCACGGAAAUAGUUAAGGUGAGGCUUGACAUAGGUCAUGAUUACAAAAUUUUCACAGUGUACAACACCCAGUUUCAAAUUCAGGUUUAAGUGGGACUGUAGCAGCAACUUUUGCCUUGGAGCAGCUGCAUUACCACACUUUGAUAUGCACUCAACAAGCCAUACCUGUCUCCUCCUCUUGCAUAA